AUGUCGCCGACUGUGGAGAGCGAGGCGGGCGGGAAGGCCCCGCGUCCAGGUGGCGGCUUCGCUUUGAAUCUUCGCUCCCGCAGGGUGUCUGUGAAUGCGACGGAAGCGGUUUCCCCGUCGAGCCUGCUCGCAGAGACGACGGCGUCUCGCGGGACGUCUGGAUGCGCGACGCCCGGCAAGGCGCCGCAGCUGGGCGUGGGCGAGUCGCGCUCGCCCGUUCAGAGCAAAGGCGGUCGCGAGGAGAAGGACAAGAAGAAUCGGCUUCUCUCUCGCAGACUGGCGACGUCUUCCGGCAACUUCACGAUUCGGCGGACGUCCUCGUCGACCUCCGCCUCUUCCACAUCGGACGGGAACGUCUUGGUGCCUGCCGCUGGACCGGUGAACGAACCAGGUCCGCAGACCACGGAAGUCCCCGCCACGAGCUCGUUCCUGACUUCGUUUCCGUCAGUCGCCGGAGCGGAGGGCGGAGACGGGGCAAGGCAGAAGAGCGCAGGAGUGGAGGCCCCGGGCGCUCGCGUCCUCGAAGAGACGCGCGCCCAGACGGCCGUGCAGAGCCGCACAGACGGCACGGAAGCAAAGGGCCUCGAGAGGAAGGAGAAGAGACCCGCCGCGCCCGGAAGUCUUUCCGGCAUGCGCGAAGAGAAACGGAAGAAGACGCAGGGACAGGGGACCGAGAAGUCUCAGGCAGAGUCUUUCUCGCGGUCGAACACGAUGUCUUCCAACGCGCCGUCCAAGCCGUGUCUCGCGGCCUCAGAUGAAGAAAAGUCGCUGUCGAGAACGGGUAGUGCCUUGUCGUCCUUCUCCGUUCACGAAGAAAACCAGGCACGGCGCGGGAGCGACGGCGAGGGCAAGGUCUGCGCGCCGCGCCUCGAGUCGACGCCCGCGAAGAUCGUCGACUCGGGGCCUCUGGACCCCGACGGGGCCCAGCGUCCCGUGGUCGGUGUCUCCGAUCCCGCGCCGUGUUCAGGUGCCUUCGCCGCUCUUCCCCACGAAAGUGGAGAUCAGGAGGUUAGCGAGAACCGUUCCGCGCCGACUGGCGAGUCGGAACGGCCGGAGCGCGGGACGCAUGUAGCCAUCCCGCCGUCGCCCGCCGUCGCCCCGUCCUUCAGGAGACGCUCGUUGUCCCUGGACAUGCACGAGUCGAGGAGCGAAGGCCCAAGCGUGUGCACGCCGAGUGAGAGUGCGUGGCCGCACGGCAGAAAACCGCGCGACCCAGCGCGGGUGCCCGUGUCCGCUUGUGCGGGGAGUGCUUCUCCGUUCUCCCCGCCCGAUGUGGCCCUCUUCCUGGACUGUCUCUUCGUCGGCGAACAGGCGGCGCGCCGAGCGCAUGCGCGACUCGACGCAGUCAUGCGCGACGUCGAGACAGCGUACUCGGCGGUCGCGCGCGCCGGAGCCUGUUUCGCCAGUUUGCUGGGAAUCCCGCAGCUCUCAGCCUUUGCCGCCUCCGACCUCGCUGCGUCGGUUGCCAGGGGCCGGAGUCGCGGGUCGGGCGGCUACCGCGGUCGCGGCGACCUCGGCGGGGACGAGGGGCCGUGGCCAGUGCGUGGAGACCAGGAGUGGGGCGGAGGACGGUGGGGAAGAGUUCGCCCCUGUAGCAGGGCGGAGUUUGGACUGCCUCAGGAGGAAGGACUCGAAGCUGCAGCGUCGCGAGGGCGGGAGGUGGGUCCAGAAGACAGACUUUUGCCUCCCUUUUUGGCUUCGUCUCGCCCCUGCCACUCGCCGUGCUGGACGGAGAGUGUCUCCAGGGGCGAGGCGGGGACGGCGGAACCGGGCCUUUUGCUCCUCGAGACAGAGGACAGAGCUCCUCGCCUGGCGGCGGACAGAGGCAGCAGGGAGACGGAUUCCACUUCUCUCCUUUUCGAGUUGGCCGAGUUCCUGUGGAACAAAGGGGCCCUAUCUUCGCGGCCGAAUGGAGAUGGAGACAGCGAGAAACGCCCACGGUCAUCCGCGGAGGCUGUGGAGCUGCUGCGGGCGUUCUCGAGAGACAAAACGCGCGUCAGCGCGGAUCUAGGGAGUUCCUUCGACUUGGCUUCGCCACGCAAAGCACACUGCGGUCGACACCCGAAAGGCCUCGGCGAGGCUAGCAGCGGCGCAGUGUCGCCCCAUCGCGAGACGGGACCGUUCGCGUUUCCGCCUUCCGGCGCUCUAGGGCUGUGGCCUUCAGAGCAAGGGGCGUCGACGCCCGACGGCUGUGGGCGCCUCGCCGGAUGUGAAGAGAGAAAGCGCGCUGGGGCGACUCCUCAGAGAGCAGAGAGCGGCGAGUGUGGGGAGGCGGACGUGCUGGCGAGAAGCGAGAAAGGAGACGCAGCGUGUCUGUUCGACUGCGAGGGGGAAGAGCUCCGCCGGAAGAAGUCAGGCAGCACGACGUCGUCCCAGAGUGGCGGCGCAUCCCGCGGAGCGAGGUGGAGAGAGCAGUCCAGCAGCUCGGGAGACAGAACGGCCGGCGCGAAGCGCGGAGACAGAGGCGAGAAGGAAGGGCCGAAGAGCGCAAAGGGCGGGGCGGAAGAGGGCGGCUCGGCGCCCCGAGAGAAGACGUCGCGGGAGGAACCUGGAUCCGGCGAGGAUUUGAGCACGACGGAAGUCGGAAUCGCGUCCGAGGGGAUCAGCAAGUUGGAGAGUGCCAACCUCGACCAGAAAGACCACGCGACAGGUGGGGAGGCCGAGGACGCGAUGCGCCUUCCAUACAGCUCCAAAGAAGUGUCGAGGGCGACUUCCAAGUCGGGUCGGGGCGGGGACGCAGACGGAAGCGGUUCGGGGACGGGUGCGUCCGCUCAGUCUGGCGUACUCACGCGUGGCCGCGCAGCGGCGUGCCGUCAGAAGCCGAAGGCAGGCGACAAGGGGAAUGUGGAAGAAGGGAGGAGUCGGCAAGGGACCGGGCGCGGCGUGGGCGGAGGCGAGGGGGAGAACAAGGUCGGAGACAGUGAGCAGAGCCUGGCCAUCGGCAUUGAGGAGUUUCUUCAUGCCUUCAAGACGCGUCACGCCGACUCGGCGACGCCGAACGACCGAGACUCCGCCGGCGCGUCGCAUCCCCAAAAGCGCGCAAAGCUCGCAGGUGUAAACGGUUCUCGGAGCUUCAAGGCCGAGGGCGAGGAGAGCGUCGAGGGAAGCAAAGAGGGGAAAGAGCCGGCGAACGGGGCCUUCUCGCCGUGCGGAAACCUGCCUUUCUCGGACCGCCCGCUGGGCGCAGCAGAGAUCAGAGAGAAGCAAGAAGUCGAAUCCGACGCUGACGAGCCUGAAAGGCGAUUCAGCGUCGACCCGCGGUCCAGCAGCACCCCCCACUGGCUCUUCGGCGGGUCAAGCGGCGGUUCGCCGCCGCGGCCUCGCGGCCGGCUUCCCUUCUGGGACGGGACACCGGGCAGCGAGGGGCGCGCCGACCUCGACUGGAAGAUGGAGACUGGCGCGUCGUUGACCAGUGAAGAGAAGGCGCUCGUUGCUCGCUUUGGACACCUCUUUUCGCCCAGCGGAGGCAGCGCCUCGCGCGGCGCGCUCCCUCGCGGCGACAGCCUGGCCUCGCUAUGGGGCGAAGACGCAGAGAGCGACGGUCUCGCCUGCCACUCGGGGCGUCCCUGUCAGUCGGGGCGGCGACUUCCCCUCUGGAUAGGAGACGGCUUGUCGGCGUCGAGCGAGGCGCGCGACUCCAGAGGAGCGGGGGGAGGCGCGGCCUUGCCCUCGUGGACCCCGCCAAGUGAAAAGGGGCGAGGCGGCGGGGGGUUGAGCGGCCCGCGAAAGCAGGAUCUGAUUCGGGGCGAGUCCGGCGCCCCAGGAAGCCUAGGUUCGUCGCGAAGGAACGAUCCAGACGGCAAAGACGACCUGCCGACGCUCUCCAGCGCGUACGGCCUCUCCGGCGCCUGCUGUCCACGAGAACCUGCGUGUGCGAAAAUGGGUGCCAGCAAGAAUGGCUCACUGAUUGAUUGCGCGUCCUCGCGAAGUUCGGAUUUCUUCAACGCCGCCCAGUUUCGCUCGACAGACGAGACGCUCGGCUGCGUCCCGUUCUUGCGUGGCAACUCUGAGACCAGCCGGCUCUUCUUUCGGGGCGAGGGAGCUGCGGGAGAGCGGGAGUCGCGCUGGAGUCUGUCCGCGGGCGGCGGGGCUUCGACUUUCGCAAGCACGCAGUUUGGACUGGACAAACCUUCCGAGUCUCUCGCUUCCCGCAGUCCGGCCUUCUCGUCUCAGUGGGCGGCUCUCGCUUCGACUCGCGGCGCCCGGCUGCCAAGCGCAUCAGGCAGGAGUCUCCACAACGCUUUCUCGCCGUACGACACCUUGUGCGGCGCAAGGAACGGGACAGGCUCUGUUGGGCGCUCGGGAUGCUCCCCCGAAGACUUGGACGACGCCUUCUCACAGGAAACGUCCUUUUUGCCUCGGUCGGGGACCGCCCCGCUCAGCUGCUCCGGCCUCGCACUGGACGCCGCUGGACACAGCGCCGCUAACGCCUUCCACAAAGACGCGUUUCUCUCGGCAGGCUUCGGCGACUUGGGAAGCGAGAAAGGAAGCACGCGGAACUUCUCUGGCGGGCUGGACGACGCCGAGCACCUCUUCUCCGCGGCGCGCGGGGGCGCGGGCGCGUGUGGGGUGCGGCGGCCGUCCUCGCGAGACAGCGAGGAAGGGAGCUCGAGCGACGGAGAUCUUCCAGAAGCCGCCAAGACGACCUGGCCGGGAGCUGUCGGGAAUGGCCCCGCGCUCGCGCCGAGGCUCCACUGCGUCGUGCCCGUGGGAGCCUCGCGGAAGCCUCGCUCGCCGGGCGAGUCAGGGGAAACCAGAGAAAGCCGAGACGGCCGAGGCUACGUCUCCGACGUUCCCGGAGUUAGCUAUCGGUCCACGCCCCACAGCGGGUGGCGCUUCAGGUGGAAGGACGCGGAAACCGGCAAGGAGUACUCCCGCUGUUUCUCCGUGAACAAGUUCGGGUUCGAACGCGCGAAGAGAAAGGCGGAACGCGUCGCGCGGGAGAUGCGUCAAGGACGAAGCAUCAUCAUCAGCAAUCACACACGGACCAAGGUCUACCUGGCAGAGACGAACGGGAGCCCGUCGGGCGACGCGGCGAGUGUAGAAGGGAGCGGCGCCUUCAACGGCCGUGUGUCGCAGGCGCUCCCCAGUUUCUUGUUGAAUGCGCCUGGCGGGUCAGGAGGUCCCCCCAGUGUCUCGUCCGUUGCCGUUUCUUCUGCGGGCGGACCUGCGGCGCAUGCGUCUUCGCUGCUCGCCUCGUUGUGCGAGCCCGAGAAAACCGCGAGCAAGGCGGCGCCCUCGGCAGGCGACGCGACGUUGGGAGCGCCUGGCGUCGAGUGCGGCUCCAGAGUGUUUUUUGCAUCUGGCGGCGCAAAGGCGGAUUUUGGACAGCACGACGCGGAUGGCGGGUGUUCGCCGCGCUUUGACGGAUCCUCUCCCUUCUUCCUGUCUCUCCAGACCCCCUGCGGCGGGUCCACGAGCGAAGCCAGCGGGUCGGGCGCGGCGAGUUCCUUUCUCUUUGCCUCCGCCCGCGAGUACGCGCGAGGCGAGUCCAAAAGUGGAGAGCCUCUCGCGGGUUCCGAGCGUCAGCCGCAAAGCAGUGCUUUCGCGUCGCCGCCGUUCUCGCCAGGCGCGCUGUUUCAGACAGCGUCAUUGGCUGGGGGCAAAACGGGUGCCGGCGCUGAAGGCGGAGACAGCGAGAAAGAGGAGAGUUUGUCCAGCUCGGUGAGGGGAGUCAUCUUCGAGCACUCACGGGGAAGCUGGCGGGGACUGGUUGUCGACAAAGACACCGGACGACAGCAAGUCCGUCGAUUCUCUGCUCGCAAGUACGGCCACAUGGAGGCGCGCGUGCGCGCCGAGCGCUUCUGUCUGGAGGCUCAGCGUUUUCGAGAGACGCGCGGGUCGAACGCGGCCUCCGGCGAGAUCGCGGGAGGGGGGGUGAGCCCGUUGAAGCACGAUCUCUGUGGUCCCCUCGGCGACGAGCCGCCCGUGUCUCCCCUGCCGGGGCCCCGCGGCGGUGGCGGAGACAGCCCAGGGAGCGGGGAGCGUCGCGCCGGGGCGUCGACGAGCUUCGGCGCGACGAGCGCGCACGGACAGCCUGCGAGUGUUGCUGGCGGAGGUCCAGGCGACGGUCCCUUUCCUGUCAGCGGGGGCAAAAGACGAAGUGGACGAGAAAGGGAGGCGAGCGAGGCGUCGAAGCUGCUGGAUGCGGCCGGUGCGGGCCUUCGUGGAGACAGCGCAGAGCGUGAGAGCGCGGGGAACGAGAACGGCGCCGCACCUCCGGUGAAGGAAGGUCGUGGAGACGGAGAGGAGGAUGCGGUCUCGCCUCAGCCGAACGGAAGCUUCGAGACGGAGGCGACAAAGGACGAGCCGGGAGACGGCGGAGCACGGGAAGGCGACGCGGAGGGAACUCGGGCGAAAGCACCUAACGGGCCUUCCGCCGUCGACGGACCAGGCAGCGGGCUGUGA